UUUAAAUGACUAUAAAUGUGUUUGAAACAUAAACCCGUAGUCCUCAUUUUGAUGUUACAUUCUUCUUUGUUAUUUUUUACUUUACUUACAAUUAUCUUAUCGAAUGCUCAUUGCUUUUACGAACAUACGUAGUUGAUUGUUUUUUUUCUUCGUGAUUAUAUAUUUUGUCGUGCAAUGGAUGAAUUAAUAGAAAUUUUAAUUGAGUUGGAAGGCGAACCGUUUUUGAACGUGUUUAUUGAAAGCGGUCUAACUAAGGAAUCAUUGAAGCUCCUAAAGCCAAGCCAUUUGGAUACAUUGAUCGACACAUCGCAGUUUGGACCAAGGGUAAUUUUUGAGCAUAAUCUGCUCAAUUGGCAAGCGCAACAGGGAAUAAAAACACAAGCCAUUCACACUGAGGCAUGCGCUUUAUUGGCAAAUGAAUAUCGUGGCGAGGAAUCUUUUGAAGCAAUACUCAGUAAGUCGGCGGGUGGAUCACAAAUCCUGAAAUACUAUGCGCAAAAAAAGUGUCUCACUCCAAAGUAUAGGAAACUUCUAGCUGCAACAGUUGCAAAUUAUUUUAUUUCUGCUGAAGUACAUCCAAACCCUAAAACAUUUGAAGCUUUCGCCAAUAAAAUUGUGGAUUUAUUUACGAGUGAAUCUAAAGUCUGAUCACAACCUAAAAUUUUUAUUAAAAAAAAGUUUUCUAACCUCGAUUUCAUUUACACAGGAUAUAUAUUACAUUCAUAAGAAAGGAAAAAAGCCAGGUGGAUCUCUGUAUGCUAAGUACCACAGUGUAUUAUUGAAAC